AUGAGUGACACAGAAGAAAGUCGUGGUUCUCCAGGUGGUCAUUCAUCGCCAGACACUUGUGAGAUGUCAGAUGGCGUUGGGGUGAGUGGACAUUUUCCACCUGAUCACCGAUUUCCACAACAGAUACAGGACGCUGUUUCGCAGGUGCUAAAAGGUUACGACUGGACACUUGUAUCGAUGCCUACCCGUCCAAAUGGGGGCGAGAAACGCAAGCCACAUAUCAAGCGACCUAUGAAUGCAUUCAUGGUGUGGGCCCAGGCUGCUAGACGGAAGCUAGCUGAUCAAUAUCCUCAUCUCCAUAAUGCAGAACUUAGUAAAACGCUAGGAAAACUCUGGAGGUUGCUAAACGAGAAGGAGAAGCGGCCUUUUAUCGACGAGGCAGAACGACUUCGCUUGCAACAUAAGAAGGAUUACCCUGAUUACAAAUACCAGCCCAGACGUCGUAAGCCCCUAAAGGGAGCUGUUAGCAGCGGGUCGUCCGGAGUAGACGGACAGCACCACAUGCCCCCAGGAAUGAUCUUAAAGACCCUGCAGAACUCCUCACCCUCCCCGAUGAGUGAUGGCGACUCCAGCAAUUGCUCUAGCCCCAACAACGGUUCUCACGGACCACCCACGCCGCCAACCACGCCAAACCAACAAGAACUCAUCAAAUGCAUGACCGAUCGUUCAAGAAUGAGACAAACUAUGGGUCAACACUCGCAGGCACACCCUAUUGAUUUUAGCCGAGUCGAUCUUGCUGAUGUCAUGAGUUUAGAAAAUAUUGAUGAACACGAACUAGAUCAAUAUCUGGCCAUGAACCCUGGAGCCUUACAUCCACACCAACACAAUGUAGCUGCCGCAGCAGCCGCCGCUGCCGCUGCCGCUGCACAAUCCGAAAGCGGUGGCUACUCCUGCUACAACCAGACCAACCCGACUUCUGUUUCUACAGCUUCGACCUGGACGGCAAACUACAGAGUUUCGGCCGGCGCUUGUGUCCAGCCCUACAAUAACGGUAGUCCAACCAGCAUUCCUUACGACCUGUCCUCACAGCAGCAGCAGCAGCAACAGCAGCAACAACAGCAACAACAACAACAGCAGCAGCAACAGCAACAACAACAGCAGCAGCAGCAACAACCACCACCAGCUCACCAGGGUCCUAAUGUACACCCAGGCAUGACUUCUAACAUGGUAGCAAAUAGUUCUAACGCCGGCGCAAAUAGUAAUAGUAACAGCCCGAAUGUCGGGGUGAAUACUAAUGGUGCUGCUGGCCAUCAUCAUCGAGUGCCAGUUUACACGACGGCAGCAGAAAACGAAUGCAAAUUUCGCGAGCCCAACUCACCAGCAGCGAUCAAAUUAGAGCAUCUGCAAGCACCGCCACCCCAAGCACCACAGGCCCAGCCACAGCCUUUGCCUCACCAUUUCCGGUGUGAGUCUUCCAAAUACGAUGAUUACGACAACAAUGUAUCACGUUACCCAAUCAAUGACGACCAACUUUACUCGGUACCCACUCACCAACCACCGUAUUACUCCAGCCCGAGCGGACCUAGUGUCUCAAACCCUUCCCCACCAACGUAUCAGUAUCUGUCAAUGGCCAGACAAACUUUUAACCCAAUCGUCGCCGCGGGGCCUGGAGAACAAAAGUCUCUCACUCUCUCUCUCUGGUACUCUGUCACUUUCUUUUUCUCUCUCUCUCUUUCUUUCACUCUCUGGCUCUUUAUCUCUCUUUCUCUCUCCGUGUCUUUCUUUCUUUCUCACACUCUCUCUAUAUCUCUAUCUAUCUAUGUGAAUGAUAGUUUCUCUCUAUAUGUGUCAUAUUAUCUAUUUAUCUAUCUCUCUAUCUAUCUAUCUAUCUAUCUAUAUAUAUAUUCUUCUCAUUUACUUUCACUCACUGUAAAUGAGGAGAAUGAAGAUGAGGAGGAUGAAGGUGAGGAGGAUGAAGGUGAGGAGGAUAAAGAUGAUGAGAAUGAAGUUGGGCAGAAUGAAGAUGAUGAAGAUGAAGAUGCGGAGAAUGAAGAUGAUGAGGAAGCAGAAGAAUAG